GGGUCUCUCUCUCUCCCUCUCUCUCUCAUUGAGCGCAGCGCAGUGCGGCUUGUGCUCAGUGCAGCGGGAUCAACUGCACACAAGGGCUAUCUAUAUUCAUACAGCAUAAUUAUUUACAUGCAAUGGAGGUACUUUCUUUAAACGUGUGGUGGAUUUUAACAUUGCUUACAUGGACGUCUGCGAGCGCGUUUAACCUGGACACGCAAAACGUCCUGAGGAAGAAUGGUGAACCCGGUAGCCUCUUUGGUUUCUCUCUGGCUUUGCACCGACAGCUUCAACCUACCGAUAAAAGAAUAUUGUUGAUUGGUGCUCCCAAGGCCAAGGCUUUAUCCAAUCAGAAUGCUAACAUCACCGGUGGGCUGUACAGCUGUGACAUCACAACCCAUCCCAAUGAUUGUACACGGGUGGAAUUUGACAAUGAUGUGGAUGUUCAGGUGGAGAGUAAGGAGAACCAGUGGAUGGGUGUAACCGUUCAGAGUCAGGGACCUGGAGGCAAGAUUGUGACAUGUGCCCAUCGUUACCAGCGCUUGUUGUUUGCGAACACAGCCCAAGAGGCGCGAGACAUCACUGGACGCUGUUAUAUGCUCAGUCAGGACCUCAGCAUUGACAGCCAAUCAGAUGAGGAUGGUGGGAACUGGAAAUUUUGUGAUGGACGCACCAGGGGUCAUGAAAGGUUCGGGGUCUGUCAGCAGGGCCUGGCUGCCACCUUCACUAAAGAUUAUCAUUAUGUCAUCUUUGGAGCACGAGCGUACAACUGGAGAGGUGUAGUGCGUGCUGAGCAGAAGAACAACACACUGCUGGAUAUGGGCAUGUAUGAUGAUGGUCCCUAUGAGGUCGGGAAUGAAAAUCGCUUAGAUCCAAAUCUAGUGCCAGUACCAGCCAACAGUUACUUGGGAAGUCUGACGUCUACAUUUCUACAACUACAAUUCUUCAUUUCAGCGUGCUUUGACAGAUAUUGUCAUCUAUAUGUACACAUGUUUCCAGGAUUCUCUCUGGAUUCUGGUCACAGUAUCACAGAGAAAGGAAAGCUCAUCAUUGUGUCAGGAGCGCCGAGAGCCAAUCACAGUGGAGCGGUGGUGUUUUUGCAGAAGGAAAGUGAAAUGUCCACCAUGCUCGCAGCUGAACACAUACUAGAAGGACCAGGCCUUGCAUCAUCAUUUGGAUACGAUGUCGCUGUGGUGGACCUGAACGGUGAUGGUUGGCAGGAUGUCGUGGUUGGAGCGCCACAGUUCUUCCAAAGAGAUGAGGAAGUGGGCGGGGCUGUAUUUGUUUAUAUCAAUAAAGCUGGAAGAUGGAAGGACGUCAGUGCUAUUCGCCUGAAUGGAACUAAAGACUCGAUGUUUGGACUGACUGUAGAGAACAUUGGAGAUAUUAACCUGGAUUCUUUUGAAGAUAUUGCAGUUGGCGCCCCAUAUGCAGACUCAGGGUUUGGUUGUGUUUACAUCUACCACGGAUCUGCUGACGGCAUCAAUACUAAACCAGCUCAGAUACUGGAGGGCAGGCAACACAACAUUAAGAUGUUUGGCUAUUCUCUGGCUGGAAAUAUGGACCUGGAUCAUAACUCGUACCCUGAUCUUGCUGUGGGCUCUCUCUCUGAUGCAGUUUUCAUAUACAGGUCCAAAUCAGUUGUUAGCAUCAAGACAGAAGUCAAGGUCACGCCAAAGGAAAUUGACUUGAUGAAGAAAACGUGUGGCAACAGUAUUUGCUUGACUGUUGAGGCUUGUUUCUCAUACAGAGCAAACCCCACCACCUACAACCCAAAACUCACCAUUGGCUACACAAUUGAAGCAGAGUGGUACCGCAGAAAGCUUGGUCUCACAUCCAGAGUUGUGUUUCUGGAGAAAAGCGAGACGGAUCAGGACUUCCAGUCAUCUGGUACUUUGGAGCUACGAGGACAGAAUAAGAAAGCGUGUUAUAAGACCCAACUCAAACUGCAGGAAGCCAUCAAAGAUAAGCUGAGAGCAGUUCCUAUCGAGGUCUUUGUGGCCAUUCAGAGUGCUAAGAGAGGCAAAAGGCAAAGCUCCCUCCCACAACUCGUGCCAAUACUGGACUCCACUUUGCCGAACAGGACCAUCACAGAGGUCAACUUUCUGAAGGAGGGCUGUGGCACUGAUAACAUCUGUCAAAGUAACUUAAAACUGCAGUAUAGAUUCUGCUACAGAGAGACGAACCAGGACGUCUUCCCUCCACUGCCGCUAGAGAACGGUGUUCCAGUGGUGUCUUUAAGCGAUCAGAAGGACAUUGCUCUGGAGGUCACGGUGGGGAACAGGGGCGGAGAUGAUGCUCAUGAAGCCAAACUGCUGGCACACUUUGAUGAAUCUCUGUCAUACUCUGGAUUCAGAUCUCUGAGAACUACAGAUAAGCAUGUGAUCUGUGCGGCCAAUCAGAAUGGAUCUCUGGCCGACUGUGAGCUGGGAAACCCAUUUAAACGUGAUUCAGAGGUAACAUUUUAUAUCAUACUGAGCACUGGCAAGAUUUCACUCGACACCAAAGAGAUUGAGAUUGAACUUCAGCUGGAAACAACGAGUUUACAGGAGGGAAUGAGCAAAGUGAAGGCAAAAGCAAAGGUGAUCAUUGAACUUCUGCUGUCUGUGCAAGGGUUGGCCAAACCAUCUCAGGUCUAUUUUGGUGGUAAAGUCAAAGGCGAGAGUGCCAUGAAGUCAGAGGAGGACAUUGGCAACUUGAUUGAAUAUGAAUUUAGAGUGAUCAACUUGGGAAAGCCGCUGAAGUCUUUUGGAACUGCUUCCCUAAACAUCCAAUGGCCCAGAGAGAGCUCGUUGGGAAAAUGGCUGCUGUAUCUGAUGAAGAUCAACACCAGAGACUUACAGCUAGUCACCUGUUCACCUGAGAAAGAGAUUAACCCUCUCAGACUGAAGGAGGAGUCAACGUCGACCAGAACAAAACGAGAGCUUGGGGAAAGGAAAGUGUCUGAACCGAGUAAAAUAUCUCUCUUCGGCGCUGACAAACGCAAGCAUAGGACGCUGUCGUGCGCAGGAGAUGCCAAAUGUGUGGAGAUCAGAUGCCCUCUACAGGGCCUGGACAGCAGUGCGGUCAUCAUUUUAAAAUCACGUCUGUGGAAUUCAACUUUUCUUGAAGAUUAUUCUAACUACAAUUACCUUGAUAUAAUGGUGAAGGCUUCUAUCAGUCUGGAUGUUUCUGCAACAAACAUUGUGCUGAAAAACCCAGAGACACAGGUGAGACUGACCGUGUUUCCAGAGACGACAGUGACUCCGUUUGGUGGCGUUCCUUGGUGGAUCAUUCUUGUGGCCGUAUUAGCUGGAAUCCUAAUGCUGGCUCUUCUGGUUCUGUUACUCUGGAAGUGUGGAUUUUUCAAACGCUCCAAAUAUGAAGACAGCGUACCGAAAUAUAACGCGGUGAGGAUUCGUAAGGAGACGCGUCUCUUGAAAGAUGGAGAGCAUGUUAGAUCCCUGGAGAAGAAGCAGUGGAUGACAUCAUGGAGCGAGAACGAGAGUUACUCUUGAGACUGCAUCUGCUGUGGACAAUUUUCUGCAUCUCUGUUUGUAAGAGGCUUCAGAGAAGACUGAAACAUGCGCUGUCUGUGAGCCUGCUGUUGAAUGGAGAUCAAAACAUCAUGGAGAUGUCUUUAAACAGCCACGUGUUUCUUAUUACUGGGCAAUGACAGAGCGUCAACACUUGGAUUAUCUUUGAGCCUUAAACAUCUCCCUUUAAAAUGUAUUUGUAUAUUUUUGAAAGAUGCAUGGGAUGCCAAGACUGUAUUGUCUUUUGUCUGUAAAUAUUUGAGUAUUUUACAAUGCAGUUUAUUUAUUUUGUCUUGUACGUUUUUUAUUAAGAUGCCUGCUGUGCAUGAACUGGCCAAAGAUUUUUUUUCAGGUCUGUCAGUAACUGUAAAUGUGAAUCUUACCAGACAGGCGAUGAAAAUAAACAGAAAAGUCACUCGUGGUAAAAAAUGACAUUGAUUCUUCGCUUUACGGCGAUGUUUGAUUCGAAUGCAUCAGCUGGUGCUACUGGAGCUGUUGACUACUACUGAAAUGUGUAGAGAUUGCCAUCAUAAAAUGCAUUCAGAUAUUUGUUGGCUCCUAGGAGGUUUGAACUUUGUUGCCUUCUGUUAGUUGGCAUUUCAACAGAUUUAAAAAACAAAAUAUUUUACCUAAAUAUGAACUGAUGAUUAAUUAAAGGGAUAGUUCACCCAAAAAUGCAAAUUCUGUCAUUAUUUCAGAUGAACAACAAGGACGAUAUUUUGCAGAAUGUUUGUAACCAAACCGAUAGGAGGUCCCAUUGACUUCCAUAGUAGGAAAAAGAUCAAUUUGAUUACAAACAUUUCUCAAAAUAUCUUCCUUUUUGUUCAUCAGAACAAAAAAAUGUAUACAGGUUUGUAACAACAUGAGAGUAAGUAGACAAUGACAGAAUUUUCAUUUUUAGGUGAUCUGUCCCUUUAAGGCAUGAUGUACUAAUCAUGCUAACAUGACUCAAUUUAGGUAUUAGUUCAUUAUGAUUUGUAAACCCUUAUUAAGUGUUACAGUUUUCUUCUUAGGUCCUCAAUUUCCUCUGUAUAUAAAAUGAAGUCUUUGUUCUAUCUUUUCUUUGUUCAUAGUUUUGUUCAUAAUUUGUUCACACUAUUGUUCAAUUCAGUGCAUUCAACAAACAGCAGAAAAUACAGUACAACAAUAAAAUAAGGUAUAAAACAUGUUUUAUUGUAGUCCCUCUUACAGCAUUUUCAUUUCAAAAAUGGGGAAAAUCCACUAAAAUGCUUAAAUAUUAUUGAUUUGUAUUGACUAAAAACAUGAUGUCGAAUGAUAAAUAAUCUUGCAAUAAAAAUAGAGCACAAAUAUUGGAUAUACAGAUCAUUUUAAUAAUGCUAAAUGCUCCUACUAACAGCAAAAUAC